UUGGGUUAUAAUUUACGACUACUAAGGAAGGAAGGGUGAAGUGGCGAAACAUGUAAGCAUUUCUUGAUAAGGCAAGAAAACAAAAAAAAGAAUUGGUGAAGAAAGUAGAAAGAAAGAGUGAACAUAAAAUCAUCAUCGUCCUCGUCGAAACCCUAAUUCCAAAAUCAGAAAUUGAAUGGAAGGAAUGACGUUAUCUUAUCCCACCGAUGAAGAAACUUUGGUAUCUUACUUCCUUGAAAUCGCUAGAGGCCAAACCGCUGCCACCGCUAAACACUUCCUUCAGGCUACGAGUUGGAAUCUAGAGGAAGCUCUUAAGCUGUUCUUAUCUGGUACUAAACCGCCAUUGAUGGAUACUGCAAAUCAAAUUGAUCCUUCUUCUCCUUUGCCUCUUAUUAAGGAGACUCUUGAAUCGGAGCAAGGUGCUUCCUCUACAUCAGAGAGUGACAAACUUGCUUAUCUCUAUCACCCUCCUUUUCAUCUAAUGUUCAAUGGUUCUUUUAUUAAGGCAAAGUUUGCUGCUUCUAUGCAGGACAAGUGGUUAAUUGUGAACAUACAAUCUACCAAGGAAUUCAGUUCACUUAUGCUUAAUCGGGAUACAUGGGCAAACGAUGCUGUUUCUCAGAUCAUUAGUACAAACUUCAUAUUCUGGCUGGUAUAUGAUGAUACAACUGAAGGCCACAAGGUCUGCACUGAUUACAGACUGGAUUUGAUUCCUGUCGUGCUUAUUAUUGAUCCCAUCACUGGUCAAAAGAUACGCUCCUGGGGAGGAAUGAUUCAACCUGAAAGUUUAAUUGAAGGUCUGCUAACAUUCCUUGAUGCUGGUCCUAGAGGAAGUUCCAGCCGACCAAAAACUAAAGCUACUGUAGAUUCAGAAUCGAGUGAAGAGGAGGAUGAGGAAGUUCAAAGAAAACUAGCAGCUUCAUUGGAAAGCGUGAAAGAAUCAAGUGAAAUGACCGGAGGAGAUAAUAAAGAUGCAAAUGUUGCUGGCAACUUGCAAGAAACAACCUCACUAGAGUUUGAGAAACUCAGGAUAUGAUGACAGGGAAAGUUGGUUAGAUCAGAAAUGUAAUUUUGAUAUUUUGAAAAAAUAUCCAGUACCAUACUUUUGAAAACAUAUAUCUUUUUUUGGAUAUUUCUUGGAUAUAUGUAUAUAUCCAAGUGUACAGUAGAAUUAUCAGUGUCCAUUACAUGUAUGACACAGACACAUAUCUCGUUACAUCUGACCCAUCCCGUCUCUGUUCCUUCUCA